GUUCGUGCACGAACGGUAGACGAAUUACAUAAAAGUGUUGAUCCGCGGCGGAGAAUCUGCGGAGCAGUUUUUCUUUUUGUGUCGCAAAUAUUCGGUUCUCCUCGGGAUGGCCUCGAUCCUGCGCUCGCUGGCCACGGUGGCCCGCAGUGGCGUCCUCGCCGGAAAUGGGUUGGCUCGUUCCGCCACGGUCCCGGCGCUGAUCCGCUGCAAGUCGGAGGUGGCUGCGGAAUCCAGACCAACUGUCCGCAAGCCGGAUGCUGCCGCUCGUGCCGAUUUGUCCGACUUUGGAAAGUACGUCGCCGAGUGUAUGCCCAAGUACGUCCAGAAGGUGCAGCUCACUUCGGGCGAUGAGCUGGAGGUGCUGAUUGCCCCCGAGGGCGUCGUGCCGGUGUUGCAGUUCCUGAAGGAUCACCACCAGGCGCAGUUUGCAAAUCUGGUUGACAUUGCCGGGAUGGACGUUCCGAGCCGUCAGUACCGGUUCGAGGUCAUCUACAACAUUCUGUCGCUGCGGUACAACUCGCGAAUCCGCGUCAAGACCUACACGGACGAGCUGACCCCGAUCGAUUCGUGCAACGAGGUGUUCAAGGCCGCAAACUGGUACGAGCGCGAAAUCUGGGACAUGUACGGUGUGUUCUUCGCGAACCACCCGGACCUGCGUCGCAUCCUGACCGAUUACGGGUUUGAGGGACACCCGCAGCGCCGUGACUUCCCGCUGACCGGGUACGUCGAGCUGCGGUACGACGACGAGAAGAAACGCGUCGUGUGCGAGCCGCUCGAGUUGGCGCAGGAGUUCCGCAAGUUUGACCUGUCGGCGCCGUGGGAACAGUUCCCGAACUUCCGCAACGUCAAUCCGGCCACCGAGGAGAUCGCGACCAAGCCGGAGGAGAAGAAGUGAGCACGCGGGGCAGGGUGCACUCGUUGCAGGAUGGAUUAAAGAAAUAAUUAUGAUUGUAGACGCG